UCGCAAUAUUAAAUUCAAAAAAUCAUAAUUGGAUAUUUUCCCCGAAUCGCACAUUCUUAGUGUGUUGUAUGCCAAAACAUUAAAAUCGACGUCAUUCGCCCUCCAAAAUAAACCGUUUACAUAUCAUGUCUUCUGCAAACUCAAGUUUAUUAUCUCAAAUUUAGAUAUUCGGCAAUCACCCUCAAAAACGACAAUGGAGUAAACAAAUUGUAAAUGACAAUAGAGGUCAUACAGAAGAUCCUGUUCCUGCUUGGCAUGUGGCUGUUAAAAUAACAAAAAUAAGCCUCUGUUCUUGUGACAAACAGUGUCGUGGCACUGAUUGUGUUGUCAAUCCAUUGUCUUAUUGCACACACUGGUGACAAUUCUCUGUAAACUAAUAUUGUUCAUCAUUGAGUCCAUAUUUUUGGUACUGUAAGGUUCUAAUGGGUACCCUAAGAAUAGGGUGAUAAAUAAGCGGAGCAGUACAAUAACAUUUGCUAUUUUGUUAACUUUGACUGUGGAAAUGGAAAAAAAUGCUAACUCUGCUAUACUGUACCGAACCGCACCACUCAGUGGAAAGGCAGACAUAUAAUCAAAUGAUCAGAGAUUUCUUUCCAGUGUUGGAAUGCAGGGAUUAAAGUUCUCCGUCGUUACGACGGAUUUCCGUCAAUUGGAGCGAGUCAUUGACGGAUUUCCGUCAAUUACAGUGUUCCGCUUGUUCUUAAUUUUUUUUCAUGCUCUUUUCCUAAUUUUAAUGCUGUAAAUAUAGGCAUUUCUCAAAUAGUGUAAUAAAUGUCUUAAUUUUAGUUUGAAUAGGUCUUAAAUUAAGAAAAGAAGUGUAUUCAGCCUGCUGAGGAGGAAAAAAAUUUUGUGAUCAAAGCCUGGAGUGGAGCAAAUGCACGUUCCUCUCUCCACUCUAAGCGUUUUAGCAUCACUCCGCUAUGGAUCCACUCCGGGUUUUGGUAUAGUUUCAGAGAAGUACAUGUCAGGCUACGGCUGAGGUAAGUUAUUUAUAUUUAAGAUAGCAUGGACCCAUUUAUAAUGCAGGAAGGCUCCGAUGUUUCGGAGAUCGAAAAAAGUGUAAAAAAUAAAUGGAGAUGGGCUUGGCUUAGCGAAAUUGGGGAGAAUGGCAAGCCUUUUAGUUCGUGGGCAAAAAAAAUUAAACAACCAGGUACGUGUCUUUGCACAGUAUGCCACAGGAAACUUCAAUAUGGCAGUAAUGGCAAAAAAGUGCUAGCUCGCCAUCAGUCAGAAGCCAGUCACAAUGCCGCCGUUCGUGCUCUACAGUACACUUGCUCCCUGCCUGGUGCGACAAGUACCACAACGGAGAUUCAUGCAUCUAUGGCCGACCGUGUGUGCGAUGUAAAAGUGCGCGUAUGUUCUUUCAUAGCGGAGCAUGACCUGUCGUUCACAAUCUCACAACCGCUAGUUAAUUUGAUGCAGUCAGUUGUCAAAGACAAGAGUGCACUUUCAAGAUUGUCAAUGUCUAAUGCACAUGCCUCCUACUUGUGCACACAUGGUAUUGCUGCUUAUUGGAAGUCCGAAUUGUCAUCUAAGCUGAAAACGAAGAUGUUCUCAUUAAAUGUAGAUGAGGCAACAGAUGGAAACAUGGACAGGAUUCUGAAUGUUCUUGUUCGGUACUAUGAUGAAGAUGUGGGAAAAGUGGCAACCCAGCAUCUAGCCUCGAGGAAACUGAAUAUCGCAGAUGCCUUAUCAAUCACAAACACAUUGACAGAUAUUCUCCAGUCAUAUAGCCUGAACUGGAAUCAGGUUGUUGGUAUACUGUUGGAUAACUGCAGUGUGAUGAGAGGGAAAAAGUCUGGAGUAGAGACACUAGUCAGAAGAGAAAAUCCAUCACUGCUGGAUGUCAGCGGAGACACUGUCCAUAUGGUCUCGAAUGCAGCCAAGGCCCUUUUAAAUACUUUCCAGGGAUUUGUGGAACAAUUUUGCUCUGAUGUAUACUAUGACAUUGAAAAAUCACCCAAACAGAAAGAAAUUUUUUCUGAGUUCCAGUCCUUACUUCAUUUGGAGAAUAAGAGCCUAAUACGUCCCAUCAGCAGCAGGUUCCUGCAAAUGUUAGAUGUGUGCAACAGAAUACGGGACCUUAUGGAUCCAUUGACCGUGCACUUCUACAGCGUCCUGUCUUCUCAUGAUCAACACAAACACAGAUGGCUCCUGAACCAGCUUCUUGAUAAGCAUGCAGUUACAUCUGAUGAGAAGGCCAGGAUAAUAUGUCUGCAACAGCAAAUAGCAAAAUCUGCGAGGAUAGGAAGUGAUGUCAACAAAAAACGAAAGACACGCAUCUGUAUGCUUUUUUCCGAGUUCGACAAGCUCACAACCAUUAUUGAUUUGUAUCGAGGUGUACUUCCAACUUUCCAGGUGUUCCUGAAGAAGUUGCAACAUGAAAAGCCCAUGAUUCAUGUGCUGCAUGCUGAAAUGCUACUGCUGGUUAGGGAACUUCUCUCCAAAUUUAUGAAGCCUGAAACUAUCCCUUUGAGUGCAAAUGGCUUGUUGAAGCUUAAUGUUCACCAGAGAGACCUGCAGUACACUGACAAAAGGUUGUCUGUGGGAAGAUUCAGCUUCUUUGCCUUAAACAAGGCUAGAGUGGAAAAGAAGCCCUGGGUGCAGAAGCUCUACAGUUCUCUCAGAGAAGGCUACAUAAAGGCAGCAACAUUCCUCCUGAAAAACCUGCCCCUCAACAACAUCAUCAUCACCUCUUUAUCUGCGUUGACACCAUCAUUGAUUCUCCACGAAUCAGUCCAAGGUGCAUUCAACACCUUGGCCAAGGCCUUGCCAAAUGCUGUGAAGUCAGAAGAGUUGGGUCAACUGGAUGAAGAGGUUCGAGCCUACCAGAUUAAUACAGAUCUAGGAGCACAGGCCAAAUGCUUUGAGGAGAACAAUGCACGAAUCGAUGUUGACUGGUGGAGUAAGAUUUUUGCCAUGAAGAUGACAGGAGGAGGAACGAGGUUCCCCAUCUUAGGGAAGUUGGUAAAGGCUCUUCUGUCAUUGUUCACUGGCCCUCUUGUAGAAGGAUCAUUUAACAUGAUGGAUGAUAUAAUUGAGAAAGACAGGGUUAGGCUGAACAUUGAGACUUAUGAAGGUUUAGCCAUUCUCAAGUCCAACAUGAAGGUAAUGGGCAAAACUGCAUCUAAAAUGCAAAUUACCCCUGCAUUAAGGAGAUUUUGCCUGUCUUCUUAUGAGACAUACCAAAAUCAUCUGAAGAAAAAGAAGGUGAACCUUGACAAUCAAAAGGAAAGGAAACUGAGGGAAGCUGUGAAGGUUCUCUCAGAAGUUAGGGUUAGAAAAGUAAAGAAAGGUUCCACCUCUUAUGUUUGUGCUAAAGCCCCCACCUCUUCCACCCUGGGAGUUAAACGAAUAGCUGCUGCUACAGCCUCCACCUCCUCCACUGCUGGAGUUAAAGGUAAAUCUGCUGCUACAGCCUCCACCUCCUCCACUGCUGGAGUUAAAGGUAAAUCUGCUGCUACAGCCUCCACCUCCUCCACUGCUGGAGUUAAAGGUAAAUCUGCUGCUACAGCCUCCACCUCCUCCACUGCUGGAGUUAAAGGUAAAUCUGCUGCUACAGCCUCCACCUCCUCCACUGCUGGAGUUAAAGGUAAAUCUGCUGCUACAGCCUCCACCUCCUCCACCUCUCCUGGAGCCACUCCUGCACAUGUAGCUAGUCAAACACUAAAACGGGUUUCAGGUGUAGCCAAGCUUCAGGAAUAUGGUUUUACAGCCAAAAAGCAGAAAAAGUGAAAAGCACUCUAGAGGCAUUUGGACAAGAAAAGCACUUUUUGGAAUUUAGUGGUGGUGCUGUUACUUUUUUUUUGCUGUUAAUUAUUAAUAGUUUCACAAAACAUUGUUUGGUGUUAUAAGAUACAUAAAACAUGCACUGAAAAUACACUUUUUGAAAAAGCACUUUUUGGAAUUUAAUGGUGAUGCUAUUACUUUUUUUCUGUUCAUUAUUAGGAGUUUCACAAAACAUUGUUUGGUGUUAUAAGAUAAAUAAAAAUAUGCACUGAAAAAAACACUUUUUGAAAAAGCUCUAUUUUGAAUUUAAUGGUGGUGCUAUUACUUUUUUUCUGUUAAUAUGAGUUUCACCAAACAUUUGGUGUUAUAAGAUAAAUAAAAACAUGCACUGAAAA